AUGCAAUUCCCCACAUUUAGUGCCCUGUUUCUCUCGAUUUUCAGCUGCCAACUAGUAUUAGAUGUCACUCAAGCGAUGGAGAUUUUCAAGGAUGGCGAUGCUGCCAUUGCGGCGGGAAGCUCCUCGGAAUACGGAAUGGCUUCCCCCACAGUCGCUACAGCGCAUCAACUUCGGCAUUGGAUGCCCCUUGCACAAGCUCCCUAUGUCAGGCAAGCUGUCGAAGAGUUCCAGGAACAUUUUGACCGUCUUUUUCAAGGACGUUCUCCAGCAUUACAAACUCCAGAGGACGCAGACGAGGCGACGCUUGCUAAGCGCUACGCCACCAUCAACAUCAAGUGGGAAACGUUGGAUGAAGAUGACCCACUCAGGCUGUUCUUUAUACAAACACAAGAUAAAGAUUAUCCACCAAUCACGAAUCCAUUCUUUGGAUUUGGAAAAGAUCUAAUGAACCAAUCUGUAUUUGUGGGAAUCAUCGAGGGCGAUCCCCAGCUUGAACGUGCAAUGUAUUCAUCCGCGCGCAAUGGUUGGACGUCUCUCAACACUCUCUAUGAUCGAUUUGACUCUUCAUCGGCUCAUAAAAGAGUGGCGACCCUGGCCAUAUUGUAUCAUCUGAUCAAUGCAGAUCGGACGGAACCAGUGCUCAUGGAUAUGCUCAAGAAGUUUGAUGGCCGCAGCGAUCUUUUAAGGCAUGAGCCGCUUCUCAUUCAGUUCAUUAUACAAGAAUUCAAUCUUGCAGAUCUUCUAAAGCAUCGGCCAGUGCUCGUUUAG